AUGGAUGUUCAAAUUCUCAAACUCGCUAAACAGACCAAUCGACAAGGCCUAGUCGACUUUUUGGAUAGCAAGUCUUUGGACGAGAUUUCACAACUGAUCAGGUCCCAAUUGACACAAAGCUCGACGUCUGAGGAUGUGGAUCCACUUCUCAUUGUGCGAGCUAUCUUUAUUGGUUCCCCUUUUGCAUCAUCGAAGAAUGGCCAUGCUCAUAUGGAGAGAAGAGUUUUAACAUUCAAGACUGCAUUCCUAUGGCUCGUGAAUGAUGCAAGCACAGACAAUCGAACUGCCAGCAACCUCGUCAACCUUUUGUUACCAGAGUUGGAAACACUUACGGUGGACACACUUGAAGAACUCGCAUCGAUUGUGACACAAGCUAUCGGCGAUCAACGUCCCUUGCAUCAACGAGCCUUUGAGAUCCUGUCAAAAGUAUGGAACAUCCUCUCAACAUUGGAACGACCCCUCUACGACGUCCUUGAUAAUCUGCUACGAGCAAAAUGGAUAUCCCAAUCAGCUAUUGCCCUUGCAUCUGCAUUCAACGAGAUGGAGUUACAGCUUCCUGAGCUUGAUAAGGUGGUCAAACGAAUGAGCAACCAAUUGAAUGAUUUGGAAGUGGAUGAGACCCCUCCAUUUAUAUACCAAUUACUCUUAUUGUCAAGAAAGGGUCAUAAACGUGAGAUUAUCAGCAGCAUAUGCAACCAUUUCAACACGAAAUAUUCCAAUAACCCAAGUGAUGCCGUGGCACGGAUGGAAGGUACGGUGAUGUUGCAUAUAUCAUUUGCAAUCAAACAAGAGCAGGAGCUUGGCAACGAGUUUGUGAAACACGUACGUGGCGACAAGAAGCAUCUCUUGGAAACCUUUCCAUUGGCGUGUUUGUUAUCAGCAGCAAGGAUACAUCGACUUGAAGAUCCUAUCUUUGAUCUGCUACGAAGCCAUAUUCUGGCAAUUUACAAGGAUGGCCAUCGGCUGAAAAAAUGUGCUUGGAUCGCAGAGUUUUCAAAUGUGGAGGAGGACAUGGUCAAAAGUGUCAUCUUGGAUAUUGUGGAAAAAUCUGCUCAAGGGUGGGAUCAAGUCAUCCAGUCUCUUGUUCAACUUGCCAUGGGAUUGAUUGACAAUGCUGCGUCACAAGGCGUGUGGUCAAAAGCGGGGAACGUUACCAAAGCGCAGCGCAACAAGGAUGGACCAUUGGAAAACGUCAUGGCUCUUGGCAACGACAUUCUCAAGCGCAUGUUCGAGUUGCAUGAUCUUGUCCGCUCCGAAAUCCUUGAUCAAAUCACUUCUCGCGUUGUCACCGGCGCUCCAAGCACAAGCUGCUUCCUAGAACUCUUGGCAUCUCUCAUUACGGAAAGCUCUCAUGCUGUAGAACCUUACCUGGCCAAUAUUAAAGAUACCCUCGACUACUUGUCAUUACUACCCGAGGCAACUGCAGAGCGAUUCCUAGAAGUCAUUGAACCUGUUUCCAAGCAAAACGAACAAUUUCGAGAUGCCCUUAUGCUUGUUUUACGAAAGAGCAUGUUUGCAAAAGAUUUGAGCGGAAGGAUGGUGGCAGUCAAUGGAUUUUUGAAUCUGUUGACAGGUCAAAUGAAUGACAAUGCGUCACCGGCAGCGCAAGGCAUUGCUUUUGAAUCUUUGGGGUUGUUGCGUCGUUGUUUCAAUCAGCAGGCCCAAGUGAGAGUUGCUGCGUACCAAGGUUUGGGUGCCCUAUCCAAGCAUUCUACGCUUACAGGUGACAUCUUUGAAGUGCUCUAUGGGCAGUUCCAAAAAGCUUAUCAAAAAGAUACCGGUGUAUCGUCCCCUUUGAGAUUGGAAAUGUGUGUGGAGAAUGCGACCAACGGUGGUUUACCUCGUCUGACAGAGCCGAUCCAUGUCCUUUUGGCAAACAUGCUCAAGACCUUGCGUCGAAUUGAUGAUAGUGAAUGCAAUACAGUGGUGCAGGAACUAGCCAACCAAUGUCGUGGAUCAGUGCGCUCGUUGCUAUUUCGUCUUACCAAAGCAGAUCUCGAGGAUUAUGAUCUUGACAAGACCGCCGAGUUUGAUAUGGCUACACACCUUGGUAUGCGCAAUCACAUGUAUGCCACCCUGUUGAUGGGAUGUUAUGAGGCAGCAAUCGAGCAUGAAUACUUGUCACAUGGCAACAGCAACGACUCGUUUCAAAUGAUUCUCGAUCUAUUUAACAAGAGAAAUGCCGUUGCAGCAAUGCUCAAAGAGACGUCUUCGGGAGAAAAAGGACGCAAGGCUACUCAACCAUCUGAAAGUCCGGUGAUGUCACUUGAAUGCAUCAGCAAAAUGAGUCGACAAAUGUUUAGACAAAACAACAUGCAACAUCCUGUACGUGCAUUGCGCGUGGAUAUCAGCUUUGUGCAGUUUAUUAUUACCACGGCCCAGAAUUGUUUGAAAAUGGGUAUCAUGCAAGGACCCACGCCUGAUUUCAACUUUGAAUACUGUGUGGAAUUGGGAAGGAUCUUUUUGAACAUCUUGGUGGUGGAGGAUUCGGAUAGCAGCUUUAUCAAUCAUCAACCAAAGAGGGGUCAUUCAGUGCUUGGAGGUAUCAUUGACAGCUUGAGGACGGUGCAUGACACGGUGCAUCAGCUAUGGCCACACAAGAUGACCACGUUUAUUGCAAAAUUGAGCGGCAGUGAAUCAGAUCAAUCGAGAAAUGCAAUGGUAUCGGAGGUUCUCAACACACUUAUGGAUAUCGUUGCUAAAUAUUUGGGUGAUCGUACGCCACUCUACAAGGAAGCAGCCAAUGUGAUGCAAUUGAUUGUUACUUUAUGUCACCACCUGGAUCGUGCUGCCAGUGAUUUCGAGACACACACACGACAAGUGAUCGGAUGGCUUGAAUCGCUUGCCAAGAAUCGACCUAUUGAAGAUAUAUCGCUGGCACGCGAAGUCAUUUCACUCUUGAUAUACCUAUGCGGCGAGGUUAAGGAUUUCAUCACGUACAAGUACCUUGCACAAGAUAUGCGUAAAGUGCUUGGUGAUCUGGACGAUAGCACGUACGACGACGAGGAUAGCCAACCAAUGGAAACAAGAAUCACCUAUGUCAUGCUGAAUCCUAAGACAUGUGCUGCAUGCACGCUUCAGCUGUUUUCAUCUCUUGAUCAAUUAUAUGAUGAUAUCACGUGGGCCGUUGGAAGGAUCAAGCCAAUGGAUAGCGAGGAUGAUAAUACCCGUGCAUUCGAACAAGCGAUCACAUACCGAUUGACAUCUUAUAUCAGUGUUACGUUGGAACUUACAAAGAGCUUGAUGUCUGGUUCUCAUGGUGAAACUCUGAUCAAGGUGCUCACCAAACUAUACAAGACCUUGACGGCCCUUGUUAAAUACAAACUUGGACAUCCACGUGAGAUUGGAAGCAACUUUAAGGAUGUUAUCAAUGGUGUCAAAGACGUGACCGACAACAUGUACAGAUUCUUGAUCCUUUACGGACAAAAUCAUCAAGGAGAUCCUAUGGCAAUUGCAAGUAAAAAGGGCAAAGGAAAGGGUAAACAAGGUGCCAAUUCAAGGGAAAAGGCAAAGAUCCUCCGUGAGUCCAAGAUGAUUCCCAACCUUAUCUUUGUGGUGGAGCAGUUUGAACGACAUCUGAUCCAAUUAUCGCGCAAAUCCAAAGUGGAUCUGAUGCAAAAUAUGAAACGCAGUACAUCACGGGAUUUCAGGAUCAAUAUGCAAUAUCUUACAAAGCAAGAAAACUCGGAUGAAGAUGAUGACACUGAUUCAAAGCGACGACGAGAAGAUCAAGAAGAAGAGGAAGAUGCAGUAAAUAAGCGACGUCGUUAA